AUGUUCAAAUUGUUGUUAUUGUUGUGGUUUAUGGCAUUAAAAUGCCAUGGAUUUUCGGUGCUAACAGGCCAGAGGGAUGGCCUGCCAUUUGAUGAUACACAUUCGAUGUGGCAAAAUAAUGAUAAGGUUAGAAAGGAAUCAUCCAUUUUGAAUCGACCUCAAAUGGUGGAAUAUGAAGAGGAUACAAAUGCUAAUCGCAAGACACAGCCAACUAUCAUGACAAAAUGUGAUCCAUGUCCAGAAGGUGUGAUGUGUGUACCUCAAAUACAAUGUCCCGCACAUGUACGAAUGUUGGAUCAUGAGAAACCACAAAUUUGUGAUUUACCGGGAGGUAAAUUCGGAUUUUGUUGUGUGACCGGACAAAAUCUUACGGCUAUCCGCAAGGAUAAGGCUCGAAUACCGGCAAUAACAUUUAUACCAGCCGGCGUAAUCGAUGAAGCACGUUUAAAAUUUCAAAAUCUUAUGCAUCGAAUAGCCUUGAUUCCCAUCACUCCAGGUCAACCGGAAUUUGUACACAAUAUGGUAUUCCAUUCGAAUGCCCAUGAGGAUAUGCAAAAUUUUCAGCUAAGUAAAUCGGCAAUGGAACAGGUUAUUACCACGCAGGUUUUUACCCAAAAAGAACACAUUCCCGUGGAGGAUAUCAUUACGAAUAACAUUGAUUUGGAAUUUAAGGAGACACCCUUAGAACAUCAUUGCCAUCCACCACAGCCAUGUUUAAAUCCCCGCUCAAAAUAUCGUACCUUUGAUGGCAGUUGUAAUAACAUCCUACCGCAUCGUUCACAUUGGGGUGCUGCUGGACAGCCAAUGGAACGUUUGCUGCCACCAGCCUAUGAGGAUGGCAUAUGGACACCACGUAUACAUGCCAAGGAUGGUUCAUUGUUGACGGGGGCAAGGGAAAUUUCACGUAUCCUAUUGGGUGACUCGGAUCGACCACAUCCAAAGUAUAAUCUGUUGUUGAUGCAAUUUGGGCAAUUUAUUGCCCACGAUGUGACCCAAUCGAGUUCUGUGAGAUUAGAACGUGGUGAAUCGAUACAAUGUUGUGCCCCCAACAAUCGUGCCGUCCUGCCACCUGAACAGCGGCAUUUUGCCUGUAUGCCCAUUAGCGUGGAACCACAUGAUGAGUUCUAUGCCCACUUUGGUAUACGUUGUAUGAAUUUUGUUCGCCUAUCAUUGGCUCCGAAUAUGGAUUGUCGGGCAACAUUUGGAAAGCAGCGCAGUAAGGUUACACAUUUCCUUGAUGCCUCAGCGGUUUAUGGUUCGAGUUUGGAAACGGCUCGGGAAUUGCGUUUAUUUAAAGGUGGAAAGCUGCGUAUGUUUAAUGACUUCGGUAGGGAUAUGCUGCCGCUUACCAAUGACAGGAGUGCCUGUGGUAAUGAUGACCCCACAAUGACUUGUUUUAAAUCGGGUGACGGUCGCACCAACCAAAUAAUAUCACUCGUUGUGCUCCACAUCCUUUUCGCACGCGAACAUAAUCGUGUCGCCGACAUACUCAGUCAAAUUAAUCCACGUGCCUCAGAUGAGCUACUUUACCAAGAGGCUCGGCGUAUUGUCAUUGCCGAAAUGCAACACAUCAUCUAUAAUGAGUAUUUACCCUCAGUCAUUGGACCAAUGCAAAUGAAACGUUUUCGUUUGGUGCCACAACACCAUGGCUAUAGCAGUGACUACAAUGCCGAUAUAAAUCCCGCCAUAACAAAUGCAUUUUCGGGGGCUGCUUUUCGUAUGGGCCAUUCAAGUGUUGAUGGCAAAUUUCAUAUUCAUCCGCAGCAUCAGCAGAGGGGGCAUGCCGAUGAAAUUAUACAUAUACCGGAUGUUAUGUUCAAUCCGUCACGCAUGAGAUUGCGUACAUUUUUGGAUGAUAUGUUGGGCACAAUGUUGCAUCAGCCAAUGCAGCGGGUUGAUAGUGCCAUUACUCAAGGGUUGAGCAGAUUUUUGUUUCGUGGCCAUAACCCCUUUGGCUUAGACCUGGCUGCCUUUAAUAUACAACGUGGUCGGGAUCAGGGAUUGCGUUGCUACAAUGACUACAUGGAGGUAAUGGGUCAUCGUAGAAUACAGAGUUUUAAUCAGCUGCCAUCGGAGGUUGGUCGAAAAUUAUCUCAAGUCUAUCGCCAUCCCGACGAUAUUGAUCUUUGGGUUGGAGGCCUGCUGGAGAAAUCUGUUGAGGGUGGUAUUGUUGGCAUAACAUUUGCCGAAAUAAUUGCCGAUCAAUUUUCCCGUUUCAAAGUUGGUGAUCGUUACUAUUACGAAUAUAAUAAUUCGAUUAAUCCGGGAGCAUUUACCAUCGAUCAGCUACAUGAGCUGCGUAAGGUGACAAUGGCUCGUUUAAUAUGUGAUAAUGCCGAUCAUUUAACAUUGCGUGAGGUAUCACCGGCCGCCUUUAUGAGACCCGAUGUGCCGGGCAAUCUACCGGUCCGUUGCGAUAGUGGCCAGAUACCGGUUGUUGAUUUAGAGGCAUGGCGUUUUUGAUUGUAU